CGCGCGCGCCCCGCGCUUGCAUUGGGUAGCAGACUCAGCACAGGACUUCGAGGAGGCAGCACAGGACUUUGCGGAUAACGAAGAAUGCGAGGAGGCCAUUUAUCAAAUGAGUCUUUCCAAGUACAAACCGAUAUAAAGAUGUAUUUGAUGAGGGAUUGGGGUGUUUCACCGGCGAGCGGGCCAGGCUGCGGGUGCGGCCGGAUGCGGUGCCGGUGUUCUGCCGGGCGCGGCCGAUACCAUACGCGCUGCGCGCACGCGUCGACGCCGAGCUCGACGCCAUGCUGGCCACCGGCGUCAUUGAGCCGGUGGACCACUCCGACUGGGCUACGCCAUUGGUAAUUGUAAACAAACCGGACGGAUCGUUACGAUUAUGUGCAGAUUACAAAUCCACUUUGAAUCGCGUGUUGUUGGUUGAUAAGUUUCCGAUUCCUAAAAUCGAAGAUUUGUUUUCAAAAUUGAAUGGCAGUAGGUACUUUACUAAACUAGAUUUAUCGCAGGCUUACAAUCAAAUAUUAUUAGAGGAGGACGAAUCGAUGGCUUUCACGGUUAUAAACACUCAUCGGGGUUUGUUUAGGUAUAAGCGUUUAGUUUAUGGAUUAUCUUCCAGCCCAGGAAUCUUCCAAAGAAUAAUGAAUAAUCUCUUGAUAGACAUUCCGAACGUAACAUUUUUUUUGGAUGAUAUUUUGGUUACAGGGGACACUUUAAACUCACAUUUAGACAGUCUUAAUAAAGUCUUGCAGGCUUUAAGCCAACAUGGGCUUAAAAUAAAAAAACAGAAGUGUUCUUUUUUGGUGAAUGUGGUGAAAUAUCUGGGAUUUGUGAUUGAUAAAAAUGGGGUGAGGGUAGAUGAGGACAAAGUGAAACCAAUUAUAGCAAUGAUGCCACCGAGCUGUGUGUCGGAAUUGAAAUCGUUUAUUGGCAUGGUAAACUUUUACGGCAAAUUCAUUAAAGGUUUGAGCGAGAAAUUAGCGCCUCUUUAUGAAUUAUUAAAAAAACAUAGGAGGUGGUCUUGGUCGGUUCAGCAGGAUAGGGCGUUUAACGAAGUAAAAAGGCUUUUGGUGGAGGCGCCGGUGCUGGCACAUUACGACCCGGAGCGGGAUUUGGUGCUUACGUGUGACGCGGGCCCGCGCGGGAUCGGCGCGGUGCUGGCCACGCGCGGCAACGGCGCCGGCGGCCGAGAGCGCGUGCUCGCUUACGCAUCGCGGGCGCUCACGCCGCCCGAAAUUAACUAUAGCCAAAUACACAAGGAGGCUUUAGCGAUAAUAUUUGCGGUGAAAAAAUUUCAUCAAUAUAUUUACGGUAGACGUUUUGUGCUGCGAACCGACCACAAACCGCUCGUCAGUAUUUUUGGACCAGGUCAGGGAAUUCCCAGCAUGACAGCCAGCCGUAUGCAGCGCUGGGCGUUGAUAUUAUCAGCGUACGAUUUCGACAUUGAAUAUGUCAAGUCGGAUGAUAACACAGCGGAUGCACUCUCACGAUUGAUUGCGGCGCAUAAGGCUACGGGUUCAGGCCAGGAGGAGUGCCCGGAACAAACAUAUUUACAUUUUGCUACGAACGCCUUACUGCUGGAUUAUAACAAUAUUAGGAAGGAAACACAUAACGAUAUUCUGUUAAGUAGGGUGUUAAGCUACAUAAGGGACGGCUGGCCUCAAGAUAUAGAAAUUCGGGAAUUGAAACCUUUUUAUAGUCGGAAGGCGGAACUUUAUUUAGAGUUAGAUUGCAUCAUGUGGGGGCACAGAGUGAUUAUUCCAAGCGCGUGCCGGGAGCGAGUCCUAAAGGAGCUACACGAUUCCCACAUGGGCAUGGUGAAGACGAAGGCGUUGGCGCGCAGCUAUGUAUGGUGGCCCGGCCUGGACGAGGCGGUGGAGAGGGUGUGCCGCGCCUGCGAAGUGUGCGCCGCAGUGGCCGCCGCACCGCCGCGCCACGUGCCCUGCCCGUGGCCAUAUCCUAGUCGUCCUUGGUCUAGAGUACAUGUCGAUUUUUUGGGGCCUAUUUCGGGAACAAAAUAUCUAGUACUUGUUGACGCUUACUCCAAAUGGAUAGAGGUGACGAGCAUGUCUACCACUACAGCUAAAGCUGUCCUGAGUAAGCUGAGAGAACAUUUUGCGAGGUUCGGUUUACCCAAGCAGAUCGUUAGUGAUAACGGUCCGCCGUUUGCGAGUGAGGAGUUGCAGGCAUUUUGUAAACAAAAUGGUAUUGAACAACUAUUUUCGGCACCUUAUCACCCCGCCUCUAAUGGCCUUGCUGAAAAUGCAGUGAAGCUGUGCAAGAGGGUUAUUAAGAAAGCUAUAGUUCAAGUUGUCAACGUAGACGCUGCCCUAAGCAGAUUCCUACUUGUGUAUCGCAACACUCCUCACAACACUACAGGGGAUAGUCCGGCCCAGGUAUUAUUAGGUAGGCCGGUACGUACCCGACUCGAUUGUCUUAAGCCAGACCGAGAAAAACGGGUAAAUUCUUUCCAACGACAGCAUCAAGCUACUGCAGACGGAAAACCUCGAUCGUUUAAUGUAGACGAACUAGUUUGGUUUAAAUUAUUUAACACCUCAGGUCCUAAUACUUGGGGGAAAGGAAAAGUGUUGGAACGAAUGGGGGAGACUGAUUAUAGGAUAGAAACGUUAACAGGUAUAAUGCAUCGGCAUAUAGAUCAAUUAAGGAAACGUGAUUCAAGUGGUGAGGGAAUUGCACAACGUAAGAAUACGCGUAUUUAUCCACCGAGUUGUUUACCCGUAGCAGAAGCUACAGAGCAUGCGUCGAGCUCGAGGUCGGGGGAGAGGGAAGGCACUAGCGACGACAACAUCGCGCGCCCGGCGCCGGUUCCGAACCAACCCGCGGAGCAGGCGCAGCCUGGCUCGCCCGCCACUGAACGCGUGCGGCCCGAGCCAUUACGGCCAGUUGUAAGGCCACCCGUUCGCUAUGGUUGGGAUGUUUAAAAUUAAUUGUUUCUAGUAUUAGUUUAGAAUAAGGGUGAAGGUGUUAUGUAUAAGUGGGUAUUUGCCGAAAACACAAUCUGUGGUUCGGC